AUGGAAAGGAAGGUUUUUGGAGAAGUUGCUGCAAUGGUGUAUGUAGUUGAGUUUCAGAAAAGAGGUUUGCCACACGCUCAUUUUUUGAUUAUUCUAAAACCUGAAUAUAAGCUGAAAUGUCCUGCUGAUUAUGAUAAGUUUGUUUGUGCUGAAAUACCUUCUGAAACUAAUAGCCACCUUAGGCGAAUUGUCUUGGCACAUAUGAUGCAUGGCCCUUGUAGCAUACUUAACCCAGAAUGUGCAUGUAUGCGCUCACGUGGUCUAAAAUUAAGUUGCAAGAAUAAGUAUCCGAAAAAGUUUUGCAAUGAAACUACUAAUAGUAAAGAUGGCUAUCCUAUUUAUCGGAGGAGAGAAACUGGAGAAAAAGUAGUUAUAAGAAAUGCAGAGCUAGAUAAUCAGUGGGUCAUUCCAUAUAACCCUUAUCUGUCUUCAUUAUUUGAUUGUCAUAUAAAUGUUGAGGUGUGUUCGACAACUAAAGCAGUAAAGUACCUAUAUAAGUAUGUAUAUAAGGGUCAUGAUAGAAUUUCUUAUAAUGUAGUGUCCUCUAAUAAUGAAGUUGUGGAUGAGAUUACACAGUAUCAAUCAGGUCGAUGGGUAUCUCCUUGUGAAGCGGCAUGGAGAAUCUUUAGUUUUGAUUUAUUUGAGAUGCACCCUCCGGUUUUACCUUUGCAGGUUCAUUUACCAAAUAUGCAGACCGUUUGUGUUCAUCCUCAUGAAAGGUUACAAGUUGUUGUUUCGAAUUCUAAACGAUCAAGAACUCAAUUGACUGAAUUUUUUGCUAUGAAUUCUGCCUCUGAAGCUGGGCUGGGAUACUUAUACGGUGAAUUUUGUGAGCAUUACACAUGGGAGCAGAGUACUAAGAAAUGGAAACAAAGGGUUCAAAAUAGGCUAUCAAUUGGGAGAUUAGCAUUUGUAUAUCCUGCAGAGGGUGAACGGUUUUUCCUAAGACUUUUAUUGCUGCAUGUAAGAAGCUCUAAGUCAUUUGAGGAUUUACGAACUGUCAAUGACCAUCUUUAUCCUACUUUUCAAGAAGCUGAUAUAAAGCUUGGAAUUAUAGAAGAUGAUGAUGCAGCUUAG